AUGUCAUUAGUUGGUUCGGGCACCUUAAUUGUUAAACCUCUCAAAGCUAAAUUAACUCAUGAUACUGAGUUCCUCGGAAAAAUGGAUCCUUAUUGUAAAGUUAUCCUUGGCAACUAAAAGUAAAGAACUAGAGAACAUACAGACGCAGGUACAAGAAAUAUUCAUAAAACAGGAAAACAUCCAUCUUGGAAUUAAUCAUUAAGUUUUAGGCGUACGAAUGAAUAUUUAGCUGAAAUCUAAGUUUGGGACUCGGACGAAGUAAGUGCUGAUGAUUUAGUUGGAGAAACUUCGAUUUCCAUACAAAAAUAUUUAGUUGAUACACCUAUAGCACCAGAAUGGAUUAGUUUAAGCUAUAAAGUAAUAAAAUAAUGAUUAAAAUAUUAGGGAAAGCCAGCUGGAUAAAUCUAUAUAGCAUUUGAAUGGUUUUCAGAUUCAAAAUAUCAACAACAACCUCAAAUUCCAACAAAUCCAUAAUAUUAUUAAUAGAAUAACGUGAUACCAAUGAAACCUCCAGGAGCUCCUUAUUAUUAAUAACCAUAUAAUUAAUCAAAUCCAUAUCAAUAACCUCCAAAUUAUCCACCAUAAUAACCAUAAUAUCCAUAAUCACCAUCUUAUGGAUAAACAGGAUUAGGAUUUUAAGGAACCUUAGGAUAUCCAUAGAAUCCUCAAUAAGGUUAUGCAUCUCCAUAUCCUCCUAAUUAAUAGCCAGGCUAUUAAGCAAAUCCUCAAUAAGGAUAUCCACCACCAAAUUAUCCUCCUAAUCAGCCACCACCAAAUUAUCCUCCUAAUUAACCACCACCAAAUUAUCCUCCUAACCAACCACCUCCAAAUUAUCCUCCAACUUAUCCACCUUCAAAUUAUCCUCCAACUUAACCACCACCAAAUUAUCCUCCUAACCAACCACCUCCUAAUUAACCAUAUCCUCCAAAUUAACCACCUCCUAAUUAACCACCUCCUAAUUAACCAUCUCCUUAUUAAGCACCAUAAAAUUAACAAGGAAUACCAAAUUAUGCUUAAACUAUCUAAAAUACUAAUCCUCAAGGUUAUCCAAAUUAAGCUUAAAAUCCUAAUUAUGCAAAUACAAUGAAUUUAAAUUAAUAACCUUAUCCUAAUAAUUAAUAAGCUACUAAUUAUUAUGGCAGUCAACCUUAGAAUUACCCUAAUAAUUAACCAUAAUAAGGUUAUCCAAAUAAUUAAAUGCCACCAAAUCAAUAAGCAUAAACAUUACCAUAAAAUCAAGCUUAUCCGAAUUAACCUGGAAUGAAUUAACAGCCUUAUCCUAAUGUUCCUCCUGGUUAAUAACUUCCUCCUUAACCAAAUUAUGUUCCACCUUCUUAAUAAUAACCCCCUGCAUUCUAUCCUGGUUAAACUUUACCUUAAAAUCUCAAUUAUCCUAAUUAGACAUUGCCAUAAAAUUUUGAUCCAAAUAAGAUUCCAAAUCCCAUGGGUAAUUGAUAUAAUCCUUAAAUAUUUAAAAAAUUAAUAACUGAU